CUUUUGAGUGCCGAAACAGCCCGAAAAUUGGAGUACAUGAAAUACAAAGUUCUUUCUCAAAAUGGGUUGUAUUCGUAUGCAAGAACCAAGAGAAAAGCACCACGAAUCGAAGUGGAUGAAGCCCCGCUACCCCAAGGAGCCAUUAGUGGUCCUUCUGCACCCCAAGAAGCCAUUGAGGGUGCUUCUCCACGAGGACGACGCUUGCCGGGAGAACCACAAUUACAAGUAAUUCAAGGCUUGUUCUAUGGAAAAUAUGCCCCUCCUGAUCUCCCACCAGUCCCAAGUCUACGGUCCUUAAUUCAAGUUCACAGCAAGCCUUUUGAGAAACAACUGACAAGUAGUGAUGUGAGGGAUGACCAAUCUAGGCUUUCGAUGUGCAAAAAAGAUGUCGAAAAUCACAUCUUCCCGCUGUUGAAGGACGACGAAGACCCUAACCGAGGCAUUCCUGUAACAACUUAUGACAUGGGCGGUAAUAAAUACCCUAUGGUGUUCAAAACUUGGGUGUCCAAGACUCAUGUCCUCACUGGAGGUUGGAAAAGUUUUUGUCAUGAUCGCGGAUUGGUUGAGAAGAUUGAUUUUGUGACGGUGUGGGUUUUUCGGAAUGUGGUGAAUGGAAGCCUUUGCUUUGCCAUCAAUUCAAGAAGGUUUCCGGCCGUGUCUGAAGCCAUCAAGAAAAGAAGAAGGCAGAACUGAGACUGGAGGUCUGCAUACAUAUUGUCCAUACUAAGGUUUGUUUUAGGGGUUUUUUCUUCAUAUUUUUGAUAUUGGGCAUAAGGUCCAAUU